UUAACAGAGAAAGCGUGAGGAGGCUCGUGUGCAUGGUGGACAGGCAAACGUAAAAUCAGGCUGAUAAAAAGGAGAGAAGGGAGGCUUUUGUAUAUGUGUGCCCGUAGAUAAUUGGGUGCAACGUUAGGAGUAAGUAGAAAAUAAUUUAGAGUCAGUGACACUUUAAGGUGAAGUAGGUUCAGUCAGGGAGAGAAUUCUUAUUAAGGAAAAGAAAGGAAAACAAUAGAACACGGGUUGGCUGUUAGGAAAUUUGAUAAUUUUUAUACCAGACAGGAAAGCAGCCCAAGUGACAGUAGAGUGGAGGAAAACAGUAAAAUGAAGGGCCCAGUAAAGGCAGCAGACACACCAGUACAGCAGCUGGGGAGGGAGCACCCCCUGCUUAAAACAAAGAUAGAAAAGAUGUCUAAAAAGUGGGAGAAUAGAACAAAGGCCCUGGUAACUAAGUGGCCUAAAGGGGGCACAUGGGAUGUAGCAGUGUGUGAGGAGAUGGAGACUCUGAUAAAGUAUCAUAAGGCUAAUAAGAACACAGAAAGGCGUAAAAAGAAAAGGCGUAAGGAACUGGAAGUUUUGAGGUUGUUUAAAGUAAAGGGAGAGACCCGGAGAAGGGACCAGAAAGCAAUGAGAAAGGCAUUAAGUGAGAAAGAAGAGAUGAGGAAGGAAGAAAUAUGGCCACCGUCUUAUCAAAGUCAAUACCCGUUAGUGGAAGCCCCACCUCCUUCGUACAAGGGUCAGUUUCCAGUAAUAGAGGGGAAGGUAGAAUUCAAAGGUGAGGUGACACAGACGGAGGAAGCAGGAAGGGAGCAGAAAGGAACGGCAAGUUGUUUAGAUGGAUACAGGGUGUUAGGUUGAAGAAACAGUUGUUAAUCAUCUUGUUAUCAUUUCUGUAUGAUCAACAAUGAAUGUAAAUACAUAUAUACGUUAUUUCUUAUCUUCUAGCCACAUACUCUUAGCUAUUGUACUCUAAGUAGGUGGUUAACAGCUGCCUACUUAGAUAAGAAUCUCACUUCCCUCUCUUGCGCCCCCCACUGAUUAUAAAUAAAGAAGCCAAGGGGAACCACCCUUUGUAACACAUUCUGCUGUAGUUUGCAUUGCAGAGAGUGUGGGUACCCCUGCAAGUAAAACUGUAAAGUGUGUGUCUCGUAAAUGUGGAGUUGGGGUGGAAACGCCGGGCGCUUUCCCCAACACAGGGAAGUGAGUGCAUUGCUGCGGCAGGCUGUGGAGGAAGGACUGCAAGGAAGUGAGCUAAUAACAGAAGGCCAGGCAUGUGGAUCUGAGAAAAGGGGAAGUGCUAAAAAGGUGGGGUACGGAGUAAGUAGUGGUAGUGAUGCAGAAGGGCUGAUGCACCUGCUGGACACCCCUAACCCUACAUCUAAAGGAUGGAGUCAGUUUCAGGAGAAGGAGACGGAAACAGAAAGUGAGGAAGGAGUAGAGGAUAGAGUAGUGAGAAGCAGGAGGGCUGUAAGGGCCCCCACCAGGUACACUCCGAUUACACUUCCGUUAAUGGUGAAAGGAGCACAGACACAGUAUGUGCCGUGGGCAGGACAGGAUCUGGAGGGCCUGCUUCUCAGACUCCCAGUCUUAGCAGAAGGGGCCGGAAAGUGGAUAAAAGCAUUAGAGGAGGAAACUAUGGGUCGGCUCCUGGCGAUAGGGGACAUAAAGGCAGUUAUGGCUCGCGCUUUGGGGGUGGACGCAAUGGAGAGAUUGCUGCGAAGCAGUGGCCUGGCAGCGGCGACAGGGACUCCUUUGAAUGAUGCAUGUCCCUUUGGCGGUUACCGUGCUAACCUCUGGCACCAGCUGCGAUUAAUGUUUCCUCCACGGCUGAGUGUGGUUGAAAUGAAGGUGGAGCCCAUAAAGGAGGGGGAGAGCCCAGCUGCCUAUCUGCAAGCUCAAGAAAAACGGUGGCGCACUGAGACAGAGCAGGACCUGCAGAAUCCGGCAUUCAGAGGUCUGUACCGGAGGGCACUGCAGGACGCGCUCCCUAAGCCAGUGAGAACCAGGCUAAGAGCCAGCGGCACAACCGUGUUCCGCUCAAUUAGCGGAGCUAAAGGCUUUGACUGAAGCGUGCCGGCGAGGACAACAUAAGACGGUUACUAUCUACACAGACUCUGCAUACGCACACGGUGUAUGCC